CUCAGACUAUAUGUUUCCUUGCAGUGUCAUCUAUUUCUCAAGAAAUCAAUUAUGCGUGGUCCACAGACGAAGUGCAAACUGCUCGAAUUUUGUUUUAUUUGCGGGUUAUUCAGACUUGCAUUGAGUGCUUGCCAGCAUCUGUUUUUAGGACGGCAGUGGUGCCAACUAUGUUUUUGUAUCCUAUUUUGAUUGACAACAAUGGAGAUUUAAUUGCAAAGAAAAGAAUUGGACGUUUCCUUCAUUCAAUGUUUAAUCAGAUAUAUGGGACAUCCAACUCGAAAAGUGGCUAGAGCAGCACACUCAGUAUUCGUGGCUUUCAUUUCAUCAGGAGAGCGUUAUGAUCUUGAUGAAAGGGUUACACUUAAGGAGCAACUUGUCUUUUAUUACAUGAGAAGAUCUUUGGAGGUGUACCCUGGAAUUACACCCUUUGAGGGAGUGGCUGCUGGAGUCACUGCUAUUGUUAGACAUCUUCCUGCUGGAAGCUCGUCUAUAUUUUAUUGCAUUCAGAGUGUUGUUGAAAAAGCUAACAGUAUUUGUGGUGCUAUAAAGAACUGGGAAGGAGAAUUAUUAGAGCCUUUGAAGAAAAUAUUUGAACUACUUUUGCGACUCCUUCAUCUUGUAGAUAUACAGGUUCUGCCUACUUUGAUGAAGCUCCUCGCUCACCUGGUUGUUCAGCUGCCCGCUGAUGGCCAGAAUAUGGUUCUUAAUGAUUUAUAUCAGCAGGUUGCGGAAUUAGAUGAUGUUACAAGGAAACCAGCAUUGGUAUCUUGGGUACAAUCACUAUCUUACAUCUGUUCUCAAGAAUCAAGUAGGAGAGCAUCAAUUGAGGCAGCUGAAAAACUGCACACUGCCAGUAUUGGAAAUUUAGGCACAUUAAGCAUGAACAGAAUCAAUGCGCGACUAUGAUGGAUUUGUAAGCUUUGACUACAUGGGGAUCUGCUGCUUUUUAAAAUGGUUCUCCCAAUUUAUGCUUGCACCCCCACCUAAGCCUCUGGAUUUCUAUGCCUCUACUAAAAAGGUACUAACAACACCCAGCUACGGUCUUGGAGGACUGUAAAAACGAUUGACUCACUCAUCUGGAAAAGAUAUACUCUUGAUGCUGACCACACGUUACCAGAAAUGGUGUCAUCUGGUAUGGUACGCCCAAACACCUGAUCAUCAGCUUCAGAAUGAGUAGGAAAAGAUGUAUUGACCUUCUCUUCUCAUCAUUCCAUCACCAUCUCCGCAUCAUUAGGUUGAAGCUCUCCAGCCAGAUACCUUUUUGCUUGUUUUGGAUUUCGUGAAGCUCACAUUUGGGUCAUGGAACUUCAAGUAAUUCAUAUUACUUUUUAUUGUUUAUUUCUUAAUUGCAAUGCUAAUAGACGUUACAUUACUUUACUACGAGUAGAUUAUUACAUAUGUAAUUGUCUUCCUAAUUCUUUUAUUUAGAAAAAAAAUAAGAUUCUUAUAU